CUGAUAGUCAUUUAAACUUACUCAUCAUCACCUUCUUCUUCAUCAUCAUCCUCCAUGGCGGUUCUUCCUCUGCGAGUGAAAAUGCUGCGGCAGCUCUGGAGGUUGAAGGGCGCCGUCGUCCUGGUCUGCAGCCCGUUCAUCCUGCUGCCACUGGCUGUCAGCACCACGGAAGCGGCCUGUGCUUAUGUCAUAGCCCUCAUGGCGGUGUACUGGUGCACUGAGGUGUUGCCGCUGGCGGUGACGGCGCUGCUGCCGACCAUCCUGUUUCCCGUCCUCGGCAUCAUGGAGUCCAAAGACGUGUGUAUGCAGUACCUGAAGGACACCAACAUGCUGUUCGUGGGGGGGCUGAUGGUGGCCGUGGCCGUGGAGCACUGGAACCUGCACAAACGCAUCGCGCUCAGAGUGCUGCUGCUGGUGGGGGUCCGACCCGCCCUGUUGAUGCUGGGGUUCAUGGGAGUUACAGCUUUCCUUUCCAUGUGGAUCAGCAACACGGCCACCACCGCCAUGAUGGUCCCCAUCGUCCAGGCCAUCCUGGACCAGCUCAACGGCAACGCAGACCCUGAACCCUCCUCCAAGACCCAGAAAAGCAAUGUCGACCUACACCUGGAACAUCAGGAGAAGAGCAGCAGCGUCGUGCAAACUGCUGCUCCGAACGUCCUGGAGAACGGUCUGCAUGAGAAAACCAGCACCCUACAAGACAACGUGUCCCCUGAGGAGAAGGUUCAGAUGGAGAGACAGGAGAUGAUCAAACCAACACCACAGGACAAGCCUCCAUCAGACUACCGCGGGCCUGUGGUCGUGUCCGUGGAGAGCGCCUGCUGCCAGAUGGAGGUGGAGGAGCUGAGCGACGUGGAGGAGGAGAGGAGGAGGUUCAGUAAAGGGCUGCUGCUGUGUGUGUGCUACGCUGCCAGCAUCGGGGGCAUCGCUACUCUGACCGGAACCGGACCCAACCUGGUUCUGAUCGGACAGAUGAGCCAACUCUUCCCUCAGAACGGAGACGUGAUCAACUUUGCAUCAUGGUUUGUGUUCGCCUUCCCCAUCAUGGCGCUGAUGCUGACGCUGGCCUGGUUCUGGCUGCAGUUCCUCUACGUCGGCUGCAACCUGCGGAAGACGUGGGGUUGCGGCGCGGUCCAGUCGGAGAAGGAGCGAGCAGCGUACGAAGUUAUCAGAGAUGAGAAUCGGCGUCUGGGGCCGAUGAGUUACGGAGAGGUCAGCGUCCUGGGGCUCUUCAUCCUCAUGGUGGCGCUGUGGUUCACGCGAGACCCGGGCUUCAUGGACGGCUGGGCCACCCACAUCUUCAACGCCAAAGCCGAGUUCGUCACAGACGCCACCGUCUCUCUGUUUGUUGCUGUGUUGUUGUUUGUUCUUCCCUCCGAGCCGCCGCCCUUCCUCUGCUGCUGGAGGCGGAGCUCUGACACAGAGUCCCAGGUGUCGCGAGGCCCCGCCCCUUCUCUGCUCACCUGGAAGGUGACUCAGAAGAAGAUGCCCUGGAACAUCGUCCUGCUGCUGGGAGGAGGCUUCGCUCUGGCCAAAGGCAGCGAGGAGUCCGGUCUGUCCCGCUGGCUCGGCGGUCAGAUGACGCCGCUCCACUCCGUCCCUCCCUGGGCCAUCGCCGUCAUCCUCUGCCUCCUCAUCGCCACCUUCACAGAGUGUGCCAGCAACGUUGCCACGGCUACGCUCUUCCUGCCCAUCCUGGCCUCCAUGUCCCAGUCUAUAAGCUUGAACCCUCUGUACGUGAUGAUCCCCUGCACCCUCAGCGCCUCCUUCGCCUUCAUGCUGCCGGUAGCCACGCCCCCCAACGCCAUCGUCUUCUCCUAUGGUUACCUCAAAGUGUCCGACAUGGCUAAAGCCGGGAUGGUGAUGAACAUCAUCGGGAUCGGCUGCAUCAGCCUCGCCAUUAACAGUUGGGGUCGCCUCAUGUUCGACCUGGACUCGUUCCCUUCGUGGGCCAACGCCACGGCACCUGUCUAGGAGAAACAACCUGCUGCCUCAUCCUUAUUCACCGUUUUCAGGCUUCGUCACUCAACGUCUGGGUGGAUUUUUUUUGUAUUCAUACCGCAGCUUGUGACUGCUGGUUCUGAGCCACCAGAGACAACGUCUUGAUGUUUGGACCAUCUCACUACUCAUGUAGAACAUGUUUUCCAAAGGUUUUGUUGUCAAGCUCCGGCUGUACGUCUGGCCCCGCCGCUAAUUGGUGGUAUUGUAAAUCUCCAGAGCUGCAGUCAGAGGCGUACCGUCACAUCUUACAUUAAAUUUGGUAUUCAGAUAAUACUGAUACCAUAAUAAUGGCCACCAUGAACAAGUGAAGGUCUGUAAAAUAGGCCAGUUAAAAUUAGGGUUGGGUGUCAAGAACCGGUUCUAAGUCGGAACUGGUGUCAAAUUUCCCGUGCGUUUGGAUUCUGCUUCUCGGUUCCUAACUUCCUGCAUAUCUCAGCUCCUGACUGAACUACAGUGAGCAUUUUACCGUCUAUUAAAGUGUCUGAAGAAGAGAGUCCUUCUGGUUCCGGUCCUGGAUCACAUUCUGAUGGUGAGGUGGGUCAUUUCGCUCGGGUUGCGACGGUCAAAUAUAUUGAUCCACCGUAU